ACGUUGUUGUAAUAUUUCAUCCACCCAAACCCAAAAGCCAAAAACAAUUGACUCUCUCUCUCUCUCUCAUUCUGCCUUUUGUCUUUUUAGUGGAAUAUCUAAACGUUGUCGCGUCCGCUGCGCAUUUCUGUUAUAAUAUUACAGAUGCCGACAAGGAUUGGGACUUAUUCAUCGGCGGAGUCUCUCAAGUCUCAUAUGUGAUUGGUGAAAUUCCGGGAAAUGAAAUAACGAAUAACAGGAGGACCUUCUCCAGUUAUCCCAUACAGAAAUACUUGUUUAAUUAUCCUUAAUUUAUUUAUCCUCCGUGCUUGACUCUCCUGCAACCCAAUAUGGUUCUCCUCUUGUUAAUUAUACAGGUAACUUAUUACCGAACGAUUUCCCCUCCUCCCCAAUUUCCCCUGUUCGCUACUUUCCUCCCCUCCUCCUCCGUCUACACAUAAGCAAGAUACGAAACCGUCAAUUUCUCCAUCAAUCAUAUACCCUGAUCAAGCAACUUUCUAUCUGCAACUCCAAUAUUAAUGGAGUCACAGGUUGGAUUUUCUGACUAUGAUGUGUUUAUCAACUUCAGUGGCGAAGAUACCCGUAAUGUCUUCGUUGGCCACCUUUACAAUGCUCUAAAGGGUCGUGGAAUCCGUGCUUUCAUUGACAGCAAAGAUCUUUGGAAAGGAGAAGAUAUUGGGAAGCUUCUCAGCCUAAUAAAAGGAGUCAAGCUCUCGGUUGCUGUCUUCUCUCAAAGAUAUGUUGAAAGCGAAUGGUGCCUCAAAGAGCUCGCUCAGAUGCUGGAAUGCCAUAAAGCCAAUCGUCAAAUCAUUUUUCCCAUUUUCUUCAAAGUUAAGACAUCAGACGUUAAGAAUCAGACUGGAUGUUUUCAGAUUUCUUCUCAGAUGCACAGCGAGGAGGAGCCCGAAACUGUAUCGAUUUGGAAGGAUGCUUUGAGAGCGGCAGGAGAUGUGAGUGGAUGGGUUUUUGACGAUUGGGAUGAUCAAUCAGAGUUAGUUGAGGAAGUUGUUCAAAAUGCUUGGAUCCGAUUGGAAAAGGUCCCCUUGAUCGAUGCUAAACAUCCUGUUGGACUAAGAUCCCAUGUAGAAUCUGUAUUAUCUCUUUUAUCAAAUACAUCAAAUUCCAGUUCUAUGGAUGUUCAGUUUCUAGGGAUAUGUGGUCCGGGUGGCAUUGGGAAGACAACCAUUGCGACCGCGGUAUACAACUGCAUCUUUGAAAAUUUUACCAAGAGUUGUUUUCUUGAGGACGUAAGGGAGCAAGCAUCACAACAAAAUGGUAAAAUUAGUUUGCAGAAGAAACUUCUUUACGGCAUCUCUCGGGUGAAAACAAAUAUAUGCAGUUCUACAGAAGGAUCAAGACUCAUAAAAGACAGACUUCAAAAUGUGAAAACUCUUCUCAUUCUUGAUGAUGUGGGUGAUCAUAUCCAAUUAAAUUGGUUGGCUCGUGACCUCAAUUGGUUUGGUCCUAAAAGUAGGAUAAUCAUAACAACUAGAGAUCAAAGUGUUCUAAGUGGGGUUCCUGAAAGUAAUAGAAAAAUAUAUGAGCCUGCAGAAUUGAACAAGGAAGAAAGUCUUCGACUCUUCAGUUUGUAUGCAUUUUCAACAGACCAACCUCCUGAUGAUUUUAUGGAGCUUUCUAUUGAUUUAGUAGGUACUACAGGAGGGUUGCCCUUAGCCUUGGAGGUUUUGGGUUCUGAUUUAUCUAUGACCAAAGAUGAGGGAGAUAAGUUAUUAUGGAACUCCAUGCUUCGGAUGCUAAAACAAAUUCCUCAUGAUGCUGUUUUUGAAAAGUUGAAGAUAAGCUUCGAUAAUCUGCAUGAUAUUGAGAAAGCCAUGUUUCUCGAUGUUGCAUGUUUAUUUGUAGGAUGGAAGGUAGAAACUGUAAUUUCUAUAUGGGAAGCUUGUGGCUUUGCACCGAGAUACCGUAUGGAAGUUCUUAAGAGAAAAUCUCUCUUAAAAAUUCGUCAGUUAGAUACAUGGAUAAAUCAUAAGGAAUUUUGGAUGCACGAUCAAAUUCGAGAUAUGGGAAGGAGAAUUGCCUACAAUCAAAGGCCUGAGGAUCCUUAUAAGCAUAGCCGGUUAUGGUCUCGUGAUAAUAUCAUGAAGGUAUUAAACGGUUGCAAGGGGAAUGAAAUCGUUGAAGCUCUCCUCUUGAAAUUCGAUGUAAAUGACAGUACUUGUUUACAUACUAAAGAUUUUGAGAAGAUGCCUGAACUAAGAUUGCUACAAGUUGAUGGAGCAACCUUAUGGGGGAGCUUUCAAUGUCUUCCUUCUAAGUUAAGAUGGCUCAGUUGGCAGACAUGUCCCUUGAAAAAACUACCUGACAAUUUUUAUCAUGAACACUUGGUCAUACUCGACUUAAAUGGUGGCUUUUUUGGACAAGCUUGGAAUAACUGGCAUGGAAAUAAGGAAACGUUUAUAUGGGGUAACAUUGAAAGUUGGAGACAGAUUUGGAUACCUUUGCAGCAAAAGACACAUGAAGAUGAUCCUAGGGGUCGUAGAUACAAGUUUCCUGAUGAUGACGAUGAUGAUGAUGAGAUCUAUAGGUGCAGGUUAAUUAUGCAUGUUUCUUUAGGUUUCUACCAUUACAUACCUGAGGAAAUUCCAUUGGAGUAUGUAAAACGUCUCUCUCUGGAAGUCGAUUCUCGUAUCCAUCACAAAGAUGAAAGAAUAACUGAUUGUCGUGUUGGGGUGGCAAUUGAGGGCAUCAUCAAAUUGAACCAUCUGAACCAUAUAGACUACAUUCAUGAAUUCGAAGGGUUUGAUUGGUUCGGGUUUCAGCUGGAAGGCAAAAAUGCUAUUGACAUAGCACAUGAUUACAAAGGAUUUAUAGAAAAUACUGAUAUUGAAUUCACAGUGAGAGGGGUGAACCUCUUCCUGGUAAAGGAGGGGCCAAUGUUUGACACUCAUCAAUUCAGUACUGAAUGCCAUUGUCCUGGUAGGAGAUUUCUUGAGAUUAUAAGAUAUAAUUGAUGGUGAUGAGGAGGAGGAGGAGGAGGAGG